AUGCCUCGUCUGUCCGCGGCAAUAACACAAGAUGAGUGCUUGUACGAUGACCGCUGGACAAAAGAAGCCAACAAUCUUUUUAUUGACCUUCUAAUGGAGGCAAAUUCUGUGGGUGAUUGGAAAUAUGGGAGACCCGCUAACUCAGUUUUUGAUUACUGCAGGUUGGGCAUCAAGGCAGCAUUGGACCUAAACUUUAGCCUUUGUGAUGUUGAGUUGCGGUUUGAUUUUCUCCACAAACGUUAUAGUGUUUUCAGUUGGAUGCUUCGCAAACACGGCUUACGGCAUUGUGUGAAAUCAAACGUCUUGACGGCACCCGUGGCUGUUUGGGAUGACAUAUUCGAGGUAUUACUAAUGAAUCUGAGUUAUGCAUUGUUGGUUUUCUGUCUUAAUUGGACAUUCCAAAAAAUGUUUAAAACUGAAAGCACAAUAAACCUUUCGAUAUGGAAUGUGGUUAAAGCUCUAUGGCCAAUUCCAACUCAUUCAGUGUGGCCUAUCAACAUUGUGGCGAUCCUCGUUGGAAUGAGCUUAAACUGUGCAAUUUUUCCAGACUUCCAUUCCACUAAUGAACAUGUUGUCCCCGCGUUGAUUGACACAUCAGACCUCUUGUCUGAACCAUCAAACAAUAAUGUUGUCAUUCAAUGUCCCACGGCAAACAGUUUUAACCGAGGUAUGGGGCCGCGGGAACGAGAUGUGUCUUCCGAGUGCUCAGUAAAUACUCAGUCAUACUUUUUGAAUCCAACACGUGGGAGUCUAACCCCUAUGCGCAUUCCUCGCCCUCCUCGUAAAAGUGCUCCUUCGUCGUGCAAGGGGUCUUCUAGCGAUCCGCGCAUUUGA